AACUGACGUCUGUUAAGCCAACAACAGGUACCAAAAAUUCUCCCAUCGCUAGCCGCUAUAUUGACAACAAAAGAUUGCAAAAAUGUAUUUAACUUUGUUAAACGGCACCGGCUUUGUUUUCAAUGCGGAUGAUUAUAUGGAACUGCGGAGCAAACACCGCAUAAUGGGUGCUCCAGUGGGCACUGCGAACACCAAGGGCUGGAGUCCCAAUCAGUCCACUCUUCCCGUGGAACUGAACAAAUUCGAAACCCAGUUAUUAUUGGACGAGAAUAUAGCCAAGUUAGUGGAUAAAUCUCGGGACUUGAAGGCGAAACCAACAGCAGAGAAAGUGGAAAAGAACAAGGCAGAGUUCGAAUCCCGAUUACUAGGACAGGAAGAAGCCCUUAAGACCGAAAAGCUAAGGGAAACCGAAAGAUAUAUGGAAAAUAUCCUGACCGGAAAGCGGAAAAAGCUGCUUAAACAGGGUAAAACCGAAAUGGCUGCAGCUCUUACAGCCGAUGAAGUACUGAAGGAAAUGUCGGACAGCUUUAAAUUCGAUCCUCAAAAUGCCUUGGUGGAGGUGCCCUGUGAACACCUUAGAAACCACUCUGCGCAAAUAGUUACUGGAGCUCUAGUCGACAUUAGCUGCCUGAACUACCGCGUUUUCAGAGAUCUUUGGCGGCGGGGAAAGUUCGUAACCUCCGGUGACGCAUUCGGAGCGGACUUUCUGGUUUACCCGGGUGAUCCCCUGAUCUACCACGCCUCACACAUAGUGAUUGUGCUCGAGAAACCAGCAAUUAAGCCCUUGGAGCUGGUGGCCAAAGUUCGUCUGUCGGUGAUUGUGAAUAAGAGCUGCGUUUUUGCCUACGAGAAGGAGGACGACGAUGGCAUCCAGUACCAAACUGUAGCGUGGUGCAAUCCCAGCAAGUGAAAAAAUAAAAGUUUCGAGAAAGCAGCGCGCGCUAACCAGCAGUGGGAAGAAGAAGAAGAAGCGCAGGGAGUUUGGAAAAAGCAGUGGCGUAGCAGCAGUGAAGCGGUGGGAGGAGCAGAAGGGGGAUUUUUUGCGAAAAAUCCCAGCU